AUGAAGCCAACGUUGUUACUUCCCCUUGUGUUUACCUGCCCGACGCUAGCACAAUCAUUAUUCUCUUCAAUCACAACUUUGGCAAACCUUCCGCAAGACCUCAGGGGAACAUACCGCAAGUUGGCAAGAGCGUGUGAUACGCGGACCGAACUUGGAGCAGCGGCCGUCACCAUUCAAUAUGGCGCCGAUGAAAGCAGUCCUGCAGCUGUCUACGGCUUGGACGAAUGUUUCCCGUUUACCAAAGACAAUAAAAAAGCAAGAUUAGUCCUAUUCUGUAGAAACUUGGACUGCACCUUUGGGAUUGCGGAGGACCUAGACUGUCAAAGUGGCUUUCUCGAUACAGUGUUGCAUUACCGGUUGAAUGGAGGGCAGGCCCUGCCAAAUCCUGCCGGCGUAGUUGGAGUGGCCUUGAAUGCUGUAAAGUGCGGUACCAGGCAGUUUUAG